AUGGACAACCCAAUCAAGGAACUCGCAGACGUUGUCCGUUCCGUCACCGAGGUUGAACACACUUCUGAAGUCUUUGCAAACAUAGAUAGAUACUUUACAGAAGACGCACAGUUGAUCUACCCCAUCCUGACCCAAAUCUACUCUCGCAAUGGCCGACAAAACCUCAAGGCGGUAUACCAAGUAUCGAGGGCGUUUGGGUUUGGGAUUAAGAUUGAGAUCCACGAAGUGAUGGUGAACAAGGAACAAACAGAAGCAACGAUCGAUCUUACUCAAUCGGUUCGGAUUCGGGCAUUGCCAGUCCAGUCGGCCAACGUCGUCUGUAAUUUUAUCGUUCGACUAGGACUCCGCAAAAGUUCUGAAGAUAAUAAGUAUCGAAUCUGUCGACAACAUGACAAUUUCCCGACGGAUCUGACCCAGUCCGGUUUACCCAUGCCAAACUUCAUCCGAGUUAUCAACGACGUGAUCAAGGCGCUGGCUUGGUUGUAUGUUGUGGCCUGGGGACGGAUCUUCAUGAUGCUGGGAAUCUUCUGA